GAUGGAUCAACGCGCAACUACAUGAUCAAGAAGAUCAGUGCGCGCAUAAACAAAAUUGAGGUUUUGCGUUUAUUUCAAUUAAUAUUUUGCUUGUUGUUUUUCGACUGUCUGCUAUGGCCAAGUCAAAGUACGAAUACGUCAAGCAGUUCGAGACAUGCGAGAAGUGCUUGAGGAACACCUGGGUUGCGAUACGCCUGGAUGGCAGAAGUUUUCACCGGUUCUCCGACUCGCAUGGCUUUGAGAAGCCCAAUGACUACCGCUGUAUAGCAUUGAUGGCGCGUUGUGCCCGGGAAGUGAUGCAAGAGUUCACGGAGAUUGUACUAGCGUAUGGGCAAAGUGAUGAGUUCAGCUUCGUUUUGCGUCCGUCUUGCAAUCUGUUUGGCCGAAGGGCAACUAAACUGGCAACGUGUAUGGCAUCAUACUUUGCAUCUUCAUUUGUCUUCCACUGGGCUGCACACUUUGAGGAUGUACGCAUGCAGUACCCGGUAACGUUUGAUGGCCGUGCAGUGUGCUAUCCGACGGUGGAGAACUUGCGUGAUUACUUGUGCUGGCGGCAAGCUGAUUGUCAUAUCAACAACUUGUAUAACACUGUGUUUUGGUCGCUGGUCAAGAAGGGUUUAACUGGAAAGGAAGCAGAGACUAAGCUUUGUGGCACGGUCAGCAGUGACAAGAAUGAAAUUCUCUUCACUGAGUGCAACAUUAACUACAGCAAGGAGCCCGAUGUUGCAAGGAAAGGAACAACAUUCGUAUGGGAGGAGGUGGUAGAGGAAGUACCGCUUCACGGCCCAUCUGCAUCGACCUCAGGGAGCAGUGAAGUUACCUGCCUGGAUGCCGAGGUGUCCACAAAGCACAAGGAAGAAGGCAAGCCGGCAGUCACACAAAGAAAGCGGAAAAGAAUUGCAGAGCUGCACUGCGAUAUUAUCGGUGACCAGUUUUGGGCUGAACGACCGGCACUGUUGGCUCGUUAGGCUCCAACGAAAUGCGCCAUUAACGAGACAAUGGCUAUCCACAUCCAGGCAAGUCCUGUUCCUACUGACACACUGGCACUGGUUCCUGUGAGGAGAGAUGGAUGUGAUAGAAUACAGCCUUGGUUGGGCCUUGUGUACACACCUCAGACCAAGUCACUAAGUCGGCUCAUUCUGUCGCUGGAAGCUGACUGCCUGAAUGGAGUCCAAAGCGAACCCACAGCGCUUCAAGGCAUGGUAGCGGGAGUGCUUGUGAACGUGCAAGUCACUACAUUUUAGACCCGAACUCACAGUGAGUAUUGCACCUGGACGUAAUGCUUUCGCUCUGCUUUCACCCAGAGUUGUCCGUUCUUCUUGCUUGAAGUAAUUCUUGCUGGGAAGUGUGCCAUGGUCAGACGUACAUGGGCAAUACAAACGUGCACAUCGGCAACUACAAAAAGAGAUCCCGCUCUCAGAGCGACUUACUCCUGCAUUCUGUGUUCACAUAACACAAUGACCUGAAGAACACGCAGUCAAGCGUGGCGUAUUCUUACUUUUGUUUGUGCAGUACAUGUAUUUGCGGGUGCAAUGAGGCACUAACACGUACCAGUACAUGUACCAGCAUGUCAGAUAUUCGUAGCACCAAAGGGCAAAUAUCACACAUUAUCAAGAAUAUGAUUGGAACUCGAGUUACUCGACCCACACGUUAUUUUCUCUUGUCCAAUAUUUUUUAUGUAGGGAUAGCUGCUAGGACAGUCCUCAAUGGCCUUGGUGCAAUGCCUUCACACACAGAAAGUGAAAGGUCACCCUGGAUAAUACCGAGUUGUAACUACCAGGGACUUAUACUCAGCCGUGUAGUACUAGUAUGGCAAUUUUCACUUUUCAGGCAACUUUUUACUCUACUGCUUUCCUGUGUUCUCUCAGCGUCGAUGGUAAUGACAAUGUGUUACUGCUGUGCAUGUAUUUUUAGACAGCAGUAUUAUUCAAAGUUCGAAUUGGCAUUGCUGUAGUUCCUUUUAUUGUUGAGACGCCUAAUCCUGGCUGUUGCUUACGGAAGUCGAGAGGCAGAAAUUUAGCAUAGAAUCAAGACACUUGAUAGAAUGAAUCUGUUCGUUUUUCACAAAAAGCUGUGUUUGUCAGCCUUCUGACUCUGA